AAGUAAGUUUAUAAACUGAAAGUUCCUAGAAGUUUGCUCAGCCUUCUAAUAGUCUUAGUGAGAAGAAUGCAUCACUUAUGCUCAUUGAGUAAUCAUUCACAAUUCUGUUACUAUUAGACUUAUUCGAAUCUGUGUAUCUUGAUGGGAAAUAGACUCUAUUAUUAGCUAGCUAAAUGCAUCAUCUUAUGGAAGUUCUUUGGUUUAUUUCCUAUUGUGCUUGUUUACUCUGUUUAAUGGGUAGAACAUGUGCAGUGUCCCAUAGCAUCAGUCAAUCUCAAUCUAUAAGUGAUGGUGAGAGUUUAGUUUCUCAAGGGGGAACUUUUGAGCUGGGUUUCUUUAGUCCAGGCAGUUCAACGCACCGGUACUUGGGCAUUUGGUAUAAGAAUAUUUCCGUCAGAACUGUCGUUUGGGUGGCGAACAGGAAAACCCCAAUUAAAGAUCUCGGUGGAGAACUAACGAUUAACAGCACAGGCAGUAUCGUGGUUUCCAGUAGGACUAGUGGUGUUAUUUGGUCAACAAAUUCAUUCAAGGUUGUUAAAGCACCUGCUUUACGGCUUUUGGAUUCUGGGAAUCUUGUCGUAAGCGACGAGAAGGGCAGUAACUCGGAUGUCUAUUUGUGGCAGAGCUUUGAUUACCCAUCUGAUACACUAUUACCUGGAAUGAAGCUUGGAUGGGAUUUACGAACGGGUCUUGAUAGGCGGCUCUCUUCGUGGAGGAACUCAGAUGACCCCUCCCCUGGAGAAUUAAGUGCUGGCAUAGAGCUCCAUGAAUAUCCCCAGUCAGUUAUAUGGAAGGGCUCCAGAAUUUACUACCGCAGUGGUCCGUGGACUGGAGAGCGAUUUAGUGGUGCUCCUGAAUUAAGGGUGAAUCCGGUAUUCGAUUACAGCUUUAUAUCUAACAAAGAUGAAGUGUACUACACCUACCAACUGAAAAACAAGUCUGUCAUUUCAAGGUUGGUCCUGAAUGAUACAAGCUCUUCUCGACAGCGGUAUGUGUGGGUAGAAGCCGAUCAAGCCUGGAGGCUUUAUGCAUCAGUGCCACGUGAUUAUUGUGAUACUUAUCGCCUUUGUGGUGCGAACGGAGUUUGUGCAAUCAGUGACUCACCUGUUUGUCAAUGCUUGGAAGGUUUUAAACCAAAAUCACCGGAAAAAUGGAAUUCAGUGGACUGGUCGGGGGGAUGCACUCUCAGCAAGCCAUUGAGCUGCCAGAGUAAGGAUGUGUUCGUCAAAUUUUCUCAACUGAAACUACCGGAUACUGCCAACUCUUGGGUAAAUGGUACUAUGGAUAUUAAAGAUUGCAGGGAAGCAUGCUUGAAAAAUUGUUCGUGUAUGGCUUACUCAAACUCAAAUUUUAGAGGACAGGGAAUUGGAUGUGUCCUUUGGUUCCAUGAUCUGAUUGAUAUUCGGCAGGUUCCAAAUGGUGGCCAGUACCUCUAUAUACGGAUUGAGGCUUCAAAACAGGCUGGAAGGCGUGUGGUUAAUGGAGUCUUGAUUAGUCUAAUCACCGGGGCUGUGGUUUUUGGGUUGGUUCUCGUCUGCUACUAUCUUUCUCUGAGGAAGACGAAGGUUAGAGGGAUAGUACGCAGACAAGAUAACUCGACUAGUGAAGGCCCAAAAGAAGACAUGGAGCUACCGGUUUUUGACUUGGCAACAAUUGUUAAUGCUACUGAUAACUUUUCAUUUAACAACAAGCUUGGUGAAGGAGGGUUUGGACCUGUUUACAAGGGAACACUAGUAGAUGGAUGGGAAAUCGCUGUGAAGAGGCUUUCCAAGAGUUCUGGACAAGGAUUACAUGAAUUCAAAAAUGAAGUAAAGCUGAUAGCGAAACUCCAGCACCGAAAUCUUGUAAAGCUCAUUGGAAGUUGUAUUGAUGGUGAAGAGAAGAUGUUGAUCUAUGAAUACAUGGCUAACGGAAGCUUGGACUCUUUUGUUUUUGAUCAAACAAGGCGGGAACAAUUGGGCUGGUCAAAGUUCUUUCAGAUUAUCGGUGGAAUUGCACGUGGUCUUCUCUACCUUCACCAGGAUUCAAGAUUGAGAAUUAUUCACAGAGAUCUCAAAGCAAGUAAUGUGUUGCUUGAUGCUGAGCUGAAUCCGAAGAUUUCAGACUUUGGUUUGGCGAGGACCUUUCAAGGAGAUCAGUGCGGAGACAACACAGAAAAGGUUGCUGGAACUUUUGGCUAUAUGGCUCCAGAAUAUGCGCUCUAUGGUCUAUUUUCAGUAAAAUCUGAUGUCUUUAGUUUCGGUUUGCUAUUGUUGGAGAUAGUAAGCGGAAAGAAGAAUCGAUGCUUCCGUCAUCCACAUGAUCAUCACGGUCUUAUAGGAUACGCAUGGAGAAUGUGGACGGAAGGGACACCCCUCGAAUUAGUUGAUUUCUCGUUUGAGGACGACUCAAGUUCUAUGUCGGAGAUAUUGAGGUGCAUUCAUGUAAGUCUAUUAUGUGUCCAGCAGAGUCCGGAUGAUAGACCAAAUAUGUUAUCUGUGAUUCUGAUGUUGAAUGGAGAGAGUACACUAGCACAGCCGAAAGAACCCGGUUUUCUGAGAGAUGUGAUACCAAGUGAAAUUACUUCUAUCAGGUCUGAGUAUGACUCUUGUGCUACAAAUGAAAUUACAUUUUCCUCGUUCGGGGCUCGUUAGAGAACUUCUAACGUUGUUAAAACUAAUGUUUUGCUUUUACUUUAUUUGGUAAUGAUGAUGACAUGAGUUGAGCGAAAAUGAAACAAUAAGGAUUUAUGUAGUCGAUCCCAACUUGUUUGGCACUGAGGCGUAGUAGUUGUUGCUGGGCUCCUUAAGCAGACCACUCAUACUUGGAAAAAAAAUCCCAAGUGUAUUCCAAUUCUAAAUACAUCAUCCAUUUAUAUACCA